UAUGGCGGCUCGAUCGGCACGAAGCUUUCUUCAAGCUGGGACGAAAUCCUUUGGUGUUUUGAGAAAGAUCUCGGGAAAAAAUAAUAUACAAAGUUGUUUAAAAUCAUUGCACAGAACAAGUAGUUCAAGUCUUCAGGGAAAUCCUGCCUUGUCUGCCAUACUACAAAAUCUAACAAAACGAAGUUCACCAUCAUUUGUAAGCCACAUAAGGCGAUUACAAGAUAUUGCUAUCAAUAUUGACACUGCCACAUGUGACAUGUCAAGCAAUCAAGACAACUCUCAGGAUAUAUCAUUGUUAGAGCAAUGCUCAGAAGACGAUGAUGAACAAUUUCGAAAAAAAGGUAAAGAUAUUCAUAGCCAAAUAAAGGAUGAAGUAAAGUUUGCACAGCUCAAUGGAAAUAUUUUUGCUAUUGUAUAUAUUGGUGGAAGUCAGUUUAAAGUUGCAAUGAAUGACAUAAUAAUAGUGAACAAAUUAAAUGCUGAAGUUGGAUCUAAGAUAAAACUAGAAAAGGUUCUUUUAGUUGGAGGUGAACACUUCACUAUUGUUGGUCGUCCUCUAGUUGAAUGUAACACAGUGGAUGUACAAGCAACAAUUAUGGAGCAUACAAAAACAGAGAAAAUAAUUGUUUUUAAAAAGAAGAGAAGAAAAGGCUAUAAGCGAACUCAAGGUCAUCGUCAAGCCCUGAGUGUUUUGAGGAUCAACAAGAUUGGGGUUAAUUCAACUUCAUUAUAAAGUGCUUGCUAGUACAGAUAAAUGC